AUGGACCAAAAUAGGCGUCAAAAACUUGGCUUGACUGGUUUAUUACCUGCUCAGAUUGAGACAAUUGAUAUCCAAAAAUCUCGUGCCAUGCGUAUGCUUCGUUCAAAAUCAACAAUGUUAGAAAAGUAUGUCUUUAUGGCACAACUGCGCACAACCAAUAUCAACCUCUUCUACAAGAUUGUGAUAGAGGAACUGGAGGAACUGGCUCCUGUCAUUUAUACCCCGACAGUAGGUACAGCUUGCCUAGAAUAUUCGACCAUUUACCCAUUUUUAGCACCUCCCGGUGUACCGGAUGGCCUUUAUCUAAACAAAACGGAUAGCGUUGAUGCUAUGUCUCAGUCUAUAUCAAACUAUGUUCCUGUUGAAGGUUACAAGCCAGAGAUUGCUGUCAUUUCUGACGGUUCGCGUAUCUUGGGCUUGGGUGACUUGGGUGUCAAUGGCAUUGGUAUUCCUAUCGGUAAACUCCAAUUGUAUGUUGCCGGUGCAGGUAUUGACCCUCGACGCACACUACCUGUAAUCUUGGAUAUGGGAACCAAUAAUGAACGCCUUUUGAAUGAUGAAUUGUACAUCGGUCUACGGGAAAAGAGACCUGAUGAGGAAGAGUUUUAUAGAACUGUUGAUAAUGCUUUAAACGCCCUUUGUACCGCUUACCCUGGUAUUUUAAUUCAAUUUGAGGAUUGGUCAACGGAGCAUGCUUUUGAACUGCUGGAGAAAUACCAAAACAAAAUAUUGUGCUUUAACGAUGACAUUCAAGGUACAGGUGCGGUUAUUCUGUCGGGCGUUAUCAAUGCCAUUCGUAAGGUACAAAAGGAAAACGAUGUAUCUCCCACAGAUCAUCGCAUUGUUUUCUAUGGUGCUGGCUCAGCAGCCAUUGGAGUAGCACGUCAAAUCCAAGGUUAUUUUCAAACAGAACAUGAUAUGACAGAAGAAGAAGCUAGAAGGGCAUUUUGGAUUGUUGAUUCGAAGGGUCUUAUUACCACGACAAGAGGUGAUAAACUAGCACAGCAUAAGGUUUAUUACGCAAGGGAUGAUACAGAAGGACAACAGUACAAAGAGUUGCAAGAUAUUGUCGAUUAUGUGAAGCCAACCAUCUUGAUUGGUCUGUCCUCCAUCCCAGGAGCCUUCAAUAACGAGGUUCUUUCCCGCUUAGCAGAAUUCAAUAAACAGCCUAUUGUUUUUUCUCUUUCCAAUCCUGCUACGCAGGCUGAAUGCUCCUUCAGACAAGCUAUGGAAGCUACGAAAGAGACAGUUAUCUUUGCUUCCGGUACCGCUUUCCCUCCAUAUACCAUCCAGUCCACUAAUGAAAUCAAAUAUCCUGGGCAAGGUAACAAUAUGUACAUUUUCCCCGGACUCGGUUUGGGAGGAGUUGUUUCCAAGACCAAGUUUAUUACAAAUACCAUGAUAUACGAAGCCGCCAAAGCCUUGGCUAAUUCUUUAACAGAAGAUGAAAUAGCACAGGGUUGGCUAUAUCCUUCUUUGAAACGUAUUCGUGAAGUCUCAGCCAAGGUAGCAACAGCCGUUUGUGAACAAGCCAUUAGGGAAAAGCUAGCCACUUCUAAAGAGUUGCUCGAAGCCAAUCGCAAUAAGAAUGAGGGUAUCUUGAGUUUUGUCAAAGCAAACAUGUGGUCUCCUGACAACACUGCAUUAACUGAGCAGGACGGUAUUGUACGAAAUGGAAAGCUUUAA